AUGAACGAACAGAUAAUAAAAGAAUCAGAUCUGACUCAGCUUCAUGUAGGAAUUGAUGUAACAGUUCAGUGCAGUACGUCAGGAAAACUUGAAGAAUAUGCAGCAACAAAAAACAAACAAGCAAAAAAACAAAACAAAGCACAUGCAGACGGGAAACUUUAUGCUUCAAUGUCUCAUAAAGAAAAAAUGCAGAUCAACCAGAGGAUGGGCUCUGCAUGGAUAUUAAAGCUCCAGCCUGAAACCCGAAAAACAAAUCAGCCAACAGAACGAAGCAGAGAGCAUCCGAACAUCCACCACAGCAGGGAGAAUAACAUAUUGUCUGGAAAGAAACACAACAACAAAAAUGAUCAAGAUUUGUGUCAUCUUAUUUCUCUGUGCUGCCUUGGGAUUUCCUGUAAAAACUGGAGCCCAAAGCACAACCACAGCUGCUCCAACUACAACCACAACAGCUCCAACUACAACAACAACAACUGCUUCAACUACAACCACAGCAGUUCCAACUACAACAACAACUGCUUCAACCACAACAACAACUACUUCAACUACAACCACAGCAGUUCCAACUACAACAACAACAACUGCUUCAACUACAACCACAGCAGCUCCAACUACAACAACGUCUUCUUCAACCACAACAACAACAGCUCCAACUACAACAACAACUACUUCAACUGCAACAACAGCUCCAACUACAACAACAACUGCUUCAACCACAACCACAACAGCUCCAACAACAAUAACAACAGCUUCAACAACAACCACAGCUGCUCCAACUACAACAACUGCUUCAACUACAACCACAACAGCUCCAACUACAACAACAACUGCUUCAACUACAACCACAGCCACUCCAACUACAACAACAACUGCUUCAACUACAACCACAGCUCCUCCAACUACAACAACAACUGCUUCAACCACAUCCACAGCUGCUCCAACAACAAUAACAACAGCUUCAACAACAACCACAGGUGCUCCAACUACAACAACUGCUUCAACUACAACCACUACAGCUCCAACUACAACAACAACUGCUUCAACUACAACCACAGCUCCUCCAACUACAACAACAACUGCUUCAACUACAACCACAACAGCUCCAACUACAACAACAACAGCUCCAACUACAACAACAACUGCUUCAACUACAACCACAACAGCUCCAACUACAACAACAACAGCUCCAACUACAACAACAACUGCUUCAACUACAACCACAACAGCUCCAACUACAACAACAACAGCUCCAACUACAACAACAACUGCUUCAACUACAACCACAACAGCUCCAACUACAACAACAACUGCUUCAACUACAACCACAACAGCUCCAACAACAACUACAACAACAACAACUGCAUCAACUACAACCACAACAGCUCCAACAACAACAACAACAACAACAACUGCUUCAACCACAACCACAGCUGCUCCAACUACAACAACGUCUGCUUCAACCACAGCAACAACAGCUCCUACUACAUCAACAACUGCUUCAACCACAUCCACAGCUGCUCCAACAACAAUAACAACAGCUUCAACAACAACCACAGGUGCUCCAACUACAACAACUGCUUCAACUACAACCACAGCCACUCCAACUACAACAACUGCUUCAACUACAAUCACAACAGCUCCAACUACAACAACAACUGCUUCAACUACUACCACAACAGCUCCAACUACAUCAACAACUGCUUCAACCACAUCCACAUCAGCUCCAACAACAAUAACAACAGCUUCAACAACAACCACAGCUGUUCCAACUACAACAACAACUGCUUCAACUACACCAACAUCUACUUCAACAACAACCACAGGUGCUACAACUACAACAUCUGCUUCAACAACAACCACAGGUGCUACAACUACAACAUCUGCUUCAACAACAACCACAGCUGCUCCUACUGCAACAACUGCCUCAACUACAACCACAGCUGCUCCAACUACAACAACAACUGCUUCAACCACAACCACAUCAGCUCCAACAACAAUAACAACAGCUCCAACAACAACCACAGCUGUUCCAACUACACCAACAUCUGCUUCAACAACAACCACAAGUGCUCCAACUACAACAUCUGCUUCAACCACAACCACAUCAGCUCCAUCAACAAUAACAACAGCUUCAACAACAACCACAGCUGUUCCAGCUACACCAACAUCUGCUUCAACAACAACCACAAGUGCUCCAACUACAACAUCUGCUUCAACCACAACCACAUCAGCUCCAACAACAGUAACAACAGCUUCAACAACAACCACAAGUGCUCCAACUACAACAUCUGCUUCAACCACAACCACAUCAGCUCCAUCAACAAUAACAACAGCUUCAACAACAACCACAGCUGUUCCAACUACACCAACAUCUGCUUCAACAACAACCACAACUGCUCCUACUGCAACAACUACUUCAACUACAACCACCACAGCUCCAACUACAACAACAGUUUCAACAACAACCACAUCAGCUCCAACAACAAUAACAACAGCUUCAACAACAACAACAGCUGUUCCAACUACAACAACAACUUCUUCAACUACACCAACAUCUACUUCAACAACCCUAGCUGCUCCAACUACAACAACAACUGCUUCAACCACAACCACAUCAGCUCCAACAACAAUAACAACAGCUUCAACAACAACCACAGCUGUUCCAACUACACCAACAUCUGCUUCAACAACAACCACAAGUGCUCCAACUACAACAUCUGCUUCAUCUACAAUCACAGCUGCUCCUACUGCAACAACUACUUCAACUACAACCACCACAGCUCCAACUGCAACAACGAUUUCAACUACAACCACAGCUGCUCCUACUGCAACAACUACUUCAACUACAACCACAGCUGCUCCAACUACAACAACAACUGCUUCAACAACAACCACAUCAGCUCCAACAACAAUAACAACAGUUUCAACAACAACCACAGCUGUUCCAACUACACCAACAUCUGCUUCAACAACAACCACAGCAGCUCCUACUGCAACAACUACUUCAACUACAACCACCGCAGCUCCAACUGCAACAACUGCCUCAACUACAACCACAUCUGCUCCAGCUUCAAUAUCAUCUGCUUCAACGACAGCCACAGCUGCUCCUACUGCAACAACUACUUCAACUACAGCCACAGCUGCUCCUACUGCAACAACUACUUCAACUACAGCCACAUCAGCUUCAACUACAAUCACAGCUGCUCCUACUGCAACAACUACUUCAACUACAACCACAGCCGCUCCAACUUCAACAACAACGACUUCAACUGCAACCACAGCUGCUCCAACUGCAACAACGGUUUCAACUACAAUCACAGCCGCUCCUACUGCAACAACUACUUCAACUACAACCACCGCAGCUCCAACUGCAACAACUGCUUCAACUACAACCACAUCUGCUCCUACUGCAACAACUACUUCAACUACAAUCACAGCUGCUCCUACUGCAACAACUGCCUCAACUACAACCACAUCUGCUCCAGCUUCAAUAUCAUCUGCUUCAACGACAGCCACAGCUGCUCCUACUGCAACAACUACUUCAACUACAGCCACAGCUGCUCCUACUGCAACAACUACUUCAACUACAGCCACAGCUGCUCCUACUGCAACAACUACUUCAACUACAGCCACAGCUGCUCCUACUGCAACAACUACUUCAACUACAGCCACAGCUGCUCCUACUGCAACAACUACUUCAACUACAGCUACAUCAGCUUCAACUACAAUCACAGCUGCUCCUACUGCAACAACUACUUCAACUACAACCACAGCAGCUCCAGCUUCAAUAACAUCUGCUUCAACCACAAUCACAGCUGCUCCAACUUCAACAACAACGACUUCAACUGCAACCACUGCAGCUCCAACUGCAACAACGAUUUCAACUACAAUCACUGCUGCUCCAACUGCAACAACGGUUUCAACUACAAUCACUGCUGCUCCAACUGCAACAACUACUUCAACUACAGCCACAGCUGCUCCAACUGCAACAACGGUUUCAACAACAACCACAGCCGCUCCUACUGCAACAACAAUUUCAACUGCAACCACCGCAGCUCCAACUGCAACAACUACUUCAACUACAACCACAUCUGCUCCUACUGCAACAACUACUUCAACUACAACCACAUCUGCUCCUACUGCAACAACUACUUCAACCACAACCACAGCCGCUCCUACUGCAACAACUACUUCAACCACAACCACAGCCGCUCCUACUGCAACAACUACUUCAACUACAACCACAUCUGCUCCUACUGCAACAACUACUUCAACCACAACCACAGCCGCUCCUACUGCAACAACUACUUCAACCACAACCACAGCCGCUCCUACUGCAACAACUACUUCAACUACAACCACAGCCGCUCCUACUGCAACAACUACUAA